ACACGCCGCACGGACGCAGCCGGCGGAGCCCGAACACAACAACAGCCACCCAGUACGGUGUCCUCUGGUAGAAAGCUCACGAGUCAAACUAGCGCUGUACGAUGACAGACAGCCUGCAGAGAUUGAUGAAUAUAGAUUAAGUGGCGCAGAAAUCGAAAACACCCGGCCGUCGACAUGGUGGUCAUGUCGGGCACAGCCACCGUGCUGCAGCAGUUCGUCAGCGGGCUGAAGAGUCGGAAUGAAGACACCAGAGCCAAGUCUGCCAAGGACUUGCAGCAUUACGUGACCACAGAGCUCAGAGAGUUGAGCCAGGACGAAGCCACUACGUUCUACGAUGAGUUGAACCACCACAUCUUCGAGCUGGUGUCCAGCUCUGAUGUGAACGAGAAGAAAGGAGGAAUUCUCGCCAUCGUGAGUCUGAUCGGCGUGGAGGGAGGCAACGCCACCAGGAUCAGCCGCUUCGCCAACUACCUGCGAAACCUGCUGCCCUCCAGCGACCCCGUCGUCAUGGAGAUGGCGUCCAAGGCCAUGGGACACCUGUCCAUGGCGGGGGACACCUUCACGGCCGAGUACGUGGAGUUCGAGGUGAAGCGGGCGCUGGAGUGGCUCGGAGCGGACCGCAACGAGGGCCGCCGCCACGCCGCCGUGCUGGUGCUGCGGGAGCUGGCGGUCAGCGCCCCCACCUUCUUCUUCCAGCAGGUGCAGCCCUUCUUCGACAACAUCUUCUACGCCGUGUGGGACCCCAAGCAGGCCAUCCGCGAGGGGGCCGUGUCGGCCCUGCGCGCCUGCCUCAUCCUCACCACCCAGCGCGAGACCAAGGAGAUGCAGAAGCCCCAGUGGUACAAGCAAACGUUCGAGGAGGCGGAGAAGGGCUUCGACGAGACGCUGGUGAAGGAGAAGGGCAUGAACCGCGAGGACCGCGUCCACGGGGCGCUGCUCAUCCUCAACGAGCUGGUCCGCAUCAGCAGCAUGGAGGGGGAGCGCAUGCGUGAGGAGAUGGAGGAGAUCACGCAGCAGCAGCUGGUCCACGACAAGUACUGCAAGGAGAUGAUGGGCUUCGGCACCAAGCCGCGCCACAUCACGCCCUUCACCAGCUUCCAGUCGGUGCAGCCGCAGCAGACCAACGCCCUGCUGGGGCUGCUGGGCUACAGCUCCCCCCAGGGGUUCCUCAGCUUCGGGGCCACGCCCACCGUCGCCAAGAACUCCCUGGUGGAGAGCCGCUACUGCCGCGAGCUGAUGGAGGAGCGCUUCGACCAGGUGUGCCGCUGGGUGCUGAAGUACCGGACAACCAAGAACCCUCUGAUCCAGAUGACCAUACUGAACCUGCUGCCCCGCCUCGCUGCCUUCAAGCCAAUCUCCUUCACAGACCAGUACCUGGCGGACACCAUGGGCUACCUGCUGGCCUGCCUGAAGAAGGAGAAGGAGCGCACCGCCGCCUUCCAGGCCCUGGGGCUGCUGGUGGUGGCCGUCAGGGUGGAGAUCCAGCCCUACCUCUCCAGGGUGCUGGAGAUCAUCAAGGCCGCGCUGCCGCCCAAGGACUUCGCCCACAAGAGGCAGAAGACCAUGCAGGUGGACGCCACGGUGUUCACGUGCAUCAGCAUGCUGUCCCGGGCGCUGGGCCCCAGCAUCCAGCCCGACAUCAAGGAGCUGCUGGAGCCCAUGCUGGCCGUGGGUCUCAGCCCGGCCCUGACGGCGGUGCUGUACGAUCUGAGCCGGCAGAUCCCCCAGCUGAAGAAGGACAUCCAGGACGGCCUGCUGAAGAUGCUGUCCCUGGUGCUGAUGCACAAGCCGCUGCGCCACCCGGGCAUGCCCAAGGGCCUGGCCCACCAGCUGGCCUCGCCCAGCCUCACCAACAUCCCCGAGGCCAGCGACGUGGGCAGCAUCACCCUGGCCCUGCGCACCCUGGGCAGCUUCGAGUUCGAGGGGCACUCGCUCACCCAGUUCGUGCGGCACUGCGCAGACCACUUCCUGAACAGCGAGCACAAGGAGGUCCGCAUGGAGGCGGCGCGCACCUGCUCGCGCCUGCUCAGCCCCUCGGUGCACCUGAUCAGCGGCCACGUGGUCAGCCAGACGGCCGUGCAGGUGGUGGCCGACGUGCUCAGCAAGCUGCUGGUGGUGGGCAUCACCGACCCAGACCCGGACAUCCGCUACUGCGUGCUGGCCUCCCUGGACGAGCGCUUCGACGCCCACCUGGCGCAGGCGGAGAACCUGCAGGCCCUGUUCGUGGCGCUGAACGACGAGGUGUUUGAGAUCCGGGAGCUGGCCAUCUGCACCAUCGGACGCCUCAGCAGCAUGAACCCUGCCUUCGUCAUGCCCUUCCUCCGCAAGAUGCUGAUCCAGAUCCUGACGGAGCUGGAGCACAGCGGCGUGGGCCGCAACAAGGAGCAGAGCGCCCGCAUGCUGGGACACCUGGUCUCCAACGCGCCCCGCCUCAUACGCCCGUACAUGGAGCCCAUCCUCAAGGCUCUGAUCCUGAAGCUGAAGGACCCGGACCCCAACCCCGGGGUGGUCAUCAGCGUGCUGGCCACCAUCGGAGAGCUGGCGCAGGUGAGUGGACUGGAGAUGAGGAAGUGGAUGGACGAGCUGUUCCCCAUCAUCAUGGACAUGCUGCAGGACUCCUCCUCCCUGGCCAAGAGACAGGUGGCGCUGUGGACGCUGGGCCAGCAGGUGGCCAGCACGGGCUACGUGGUGGAGCCCUACCGCAAGUACCCCUCCCUGCUCGAGGUCCUGCUCAACUUCCUCAAGACGGAGCAGAACCAGGGCAUCCGCAGAGAGGCCAUCCGUGUGCUGGGCUUGCUUGGCGCUCUGGACCCCUACAAGCACAAGGUCAACAUCGGCAUGAUCGACCAAUCGCGCGACGCCUCCGCCGUCAGCCUCUCCGAGUCCAAGACCAGCCAGGACUCCGCGGACUACAGCACCAGCGAGAUGCUGGUGAACAUGGGCAACCUGCCCCUGGACGAGUUUUACCCGGCGGUCGCCAUGGUGACCCUGAUGCGCAUCCUCCGGGACCCCUCGCUCUCCAACCACCACACCAUGGUGGUGCAGGCCGUCACCUUCAUCUUCAAGUCGCUGGGCCUCAAGUGUGUGCAGUUCCUGCCGCAGGUCAUGCCCACCUUCCUCAACGUCAUCCGGGUGUGCGACGCCAGCAUCCGAGAGGUAGGGGGCGCCACUGGGGGUUGGAAGGUAUUGUACCGCCAGCCAGGUGUGAGUGGGGUUAGCCGUUACAAACCGUUUGAUAUUGUGUUUGUGUGGCUGAGGUUCUACCUGUGUUUUUGUGUGUUUUCUCAAUGCAUCGUUCUUUUGUGUGUGUGUGUGUGUGUGUGUGUGUGCGUGCGUGCGCAGGGCUACACCCUGGCCGAGGAGGAGGAGAACCCCCUGGUGUUCCAGCACCGGCAUCUCCGCGGUAACCAGGGCGACACGCUGGCCAGCGGGCCGGUGGAGCCGGGGCCCAUGAAGAAGCUCCACGUCAGCACCACCGCCCUGCAGAAGGCUUGGGGGGCCGCCCGGAAGGUGUCCAAGGACGACUGGCUGGAGUGGCUGAGGAGGCUGAGCGUGGUGCUGCUGAAGGAGUCGUCCUCCCCGGCACUCCGCUCCUGCUGGUCCCUGGCCCAGACCUACAUCCCCCUGGCCAGGGACCUGUUCAACGCGGCGUUCCUGUCCUGCUGGUCGGAGCUGAGCGAGGACCAGCAGGACGAGCUGAUCCGCAGCAUCGAGCUGGCUCUCACCUCCCAGGACAUCGCUGAGGUCACCCAGACGCUGCUCAACCUGGCCGAGUUCAUGGAGCACAGCGACAAGGGCCCGCUGCCCCUGAGGGACGAUAAUGGCAUCGUGCUGCUGGGGGAGAGGGCUGCCAAGUGCCGGGCCUACGCCAAGGCCCUCCACUACAAAGAGCUGGAGUUCCAGAAGGGGCCCUCGCCCCUCAUCCUGGAGGCCCUCAUCAGCAUCAACAACAAGCUGCAGCAGCCUGAGGCGGCGUCUGGGGUGCUGGACUACGCCAUGAAGCACUUCGGCGAGCUGGAGAUCCAGGCCACCUGGUACGAGAAGCUCCACGAGUGGGAGGACGCGCUCCUGGCGUACGGCAAGAAGAUCGAGCUGGCCAAGGAGGAGCCGGACCUCAUCCUGGGACGCAUGCGCUGCCUGGAGGCCCUGGGGGAAUGGGGCCAGCUGCACCAGCAAUGCUGUGAGGAGUGGACGCUGGUCAGCGAGGAGACGCAGGCCAAGAUGGCUCGCAUGGCUGCGGCCGCCGCGUGGGGGCUAGGCCACUGGGACAGCAUGGAGGAAUACACAUGCAUGAUCCCUAGAGACACGCACGACGGAGCCUUCUACAGAGCCGUCUUAGCCCUGCAUCAGGACCUCUUCUCAUUGGCCCAGCAGUGCAUCGAUAAGGCCAGAGACCUGCUGGAUGCGGAGCUGACAGCCAUGGCCGGGGAGAGCUACAGUCGGGCCUACGGGGUGAGUUCUGCCCGCCAGACACCGACCCACCGACCCCUCAUCCUCUCUGUUGCCGGACUGAUGGGGGGUGGCUACGCCUCGCCUGUUGAGGUGAUGGAUGCAGGCCGGGUCGGACCCCACGCUCUGCUAUGGACGGCCCGCCACCAGGUGCUUCAUCUGGGCUGGGGAUCCAAGAACCAGCUCCGAGUGGCUUACAGGAAGUGCUCAUCACACAGAGUGUGGAUGUCUCCCUCCAGGUGCUUCCUGAAGCUGGGCGAGUGGCAGCUCAGCCUUCAGGGCAUCAACGAGAGCACCAUCCCCAAGGUGCUGCAGUACUACAGCCACUCCACCGAGCACGACCGCAACUGGUACAAGGCGUGGCAUGCGUGGGCGGUGAUGAACUUCGAGGCGGUGCUGCACUACAAGCACCAGAGCGCCGGCCGCGACGACAAGAAGAAGGUGCGGCACGCCAGCGGCGCCAGCGAGGCCAGCAACAGCGACAGCGAGGCGGAGGGCGGCGAGCACAGCCCCGCCCCCUCGCCCAGCCAGAGGAAGGUCGGCGAGGACCUGUCCAAGACUCUGCUGCUGUACACGGUGCCUGCAGUCCAGGGCUUCUUCCGCUCCAUCUCCCUGUCCCGGGGGAACAACCUCCAGGACACCCUCAGGGUGCUCACUCUGUGGUUCGACUACGGCCACUGGCCUGAUGUGAACGAGGCUCUGGUGGAGGGCAUCAAGACCAUCCAGAUAGACACCUGGUUACAGGUCAUCCCUCAGCUGAUCGCCCGCAUCGACACGCCCCGCGCCCUGGUGGGACGCCUCAUCCACCAGCUGCUCACCGACAUCGGACGCUACCACCCCCAGGCGUUGAUCUACCCGCUCACCGUGGCCUCUAAGUCCACCACCACCGCCCGCCACAACGCGGCCAACAAGAUCCUGAAGAACAUGUGUGAGCACUGCAACACGCUGGUGCAGCAGGCCAUCAUGGUGAGCGAGGAGCUGAUCCGGGUGGCCAUCUUGUGGCACGAGAUGUGGCACGAGGGCCUGGAGGAGGCCUCACGCCUCUACUUCGGCGAGCGCAACGUCAAGGGCAUGUUCGCCGUGCUGGAGCCCCUCCACGCCAUGAUGGAGCGCGGCCCGCAGACCCUCAAGGAGACCUCCUUCAACCAGGCGUACGGGCGGGACCUGAUGGAGGCGCAGGACUGGUGCAGGAAGUACAUGCGCUCGGGCAACGUGAAGGACCUGACGCAGGCCUGGGACCUCUACUACCACGUCUUCAGACGCAUCUCCAAGCAGCUCCCCCAGCUGACGUCCCUGGAGCUGCAGUACGUCUCCCCCAAGCUGCUGAUGUGCCGGGACCUGGAGCUGGCCGUGCCCGGGACCUACGACCCCAACCAGCCCAUCGUCCGCAUCCAGUCCAUCGCCGCCUCCCUGCAGGUCAUCACCUCCAAGCAGAGGCCCCGCAAGCUCACCAUCAUGGGCAGCAACGGUUGCGAGUUCAUGUUCCUGCUCAAGGGCCACGAGGACCUAAGGCAGGAUGAGAGGGUGAUGCAGUUGUUUGGUCUGGUGAACACAUUACUGGCCAAUGACCCCGCCUCCCUGCGCAAGAACCUCAGCAUUCAGCGCUACGCCGUCAUCCCGCUGUCCACCAACUCCGGUCUGAUUGGCUGGGUGCCCCACUGCGACACGCUGCACGCGCUCAUCAGGGACUACCGCGAGAAGAAGAAGAUCCUGCUCAACAUCGAGCACCGCAUCAUGCUGCGGAUGGCGCCGGACUACGACCACCUGACGCUGAUGGAGAAGGUGGAGGUGUUCGAGCACGCGGUCAAUAACACGGCCGGAGACGACCUGGCCAAGCUGCUGUGGCUGAAGAGCCCCAGCUCUGAGGUGUGGUUCGACCGGAGGACCAACUACACCCGCUCCCUGGCGGUCAUGUCCAUGGUGGGCUACAUCCUGGGACUGGGGGACAGGCAUCCGUCUAACCUCAUGUUGGACCGACUCAGCGGGAAGAUCCUCCACAUCGACUUUGGGGACUGUUUCGAGGUCGCCAUGACCAGGGAGAAGUUCCCAGAGAAGAUCCCGUUCCGGCUGACCCGGAUGCUGACCAACGCCAUGGAGGUGACGGGUCUGGACGGUAACUACCGCAUCACGUGCCACACGGUGAUGCAGGUCCUCCGGGAGCACCGGGACAGCGUCAUGGCCGUGCUGGAGGCCUUCGUCUACGACCCGCUGCUCAACUGGAGGCUCAUGGACACCAACACCAAAGGAAACAAGCGCUCCCGAACCCGGACCGACUCCUACACCGCCGGCCAGUCAGUGGAGGCUCUGGAAGGUAUCGACCUGGGAGAGACCACCCAUAAGAAAGCAGGGACCACCGUGCCGGAGUCCAUCCACUCCUUCAUCGGGGAUGGGCUGGUGCAGCCUGAGGCUCUGAACAAGAAGGCCAUCCAGAUCAUCAACCGGGUCCGAGACAAACUGACAGGGCGGGACUUCUCCCACGACGAGACCCUGGACGUGCCCACCCAGGUGGAGCUGCUCAUCAAGCAGGCCACCAGCCACGAGAACCUGUGCCAGUGCUACAUCGGCUGGUGUCCAUUUUGGUAAAAGGCGUUUUCCGGCGGCGAGUCGCUCCUAUUGGAGCAGAGCGAGAGGAGUCAGCGGAGAGGCGGGGCUUCCACCGCGGCGGCGGCCGGCUGAACAUCCAACUCUCCCGCUCUUCAUUGUUGCCGUUACUUUUAUUAGUAUCAGACAUUUUUAUCUUAUCUUACGACGGCCAGGGUCGCCUCUGAGCUAACCCGGUUAGCAUUAGCUUUAGCCCCUCCGCGCUUCCUCACGGGGUUGUCGACGGCAACGCUGUCCCACGCCGGGGCUGACCACGCCUCCCUCGCCACGCCGCCCAGAGCUCCUCCCACACACACACACACACACACCACCCCCCUGUUGUAUGUUAUUGUGUAUU